AUGAACACAAAGCUUAAGGACGAUCUAAACGAUACCUGCGAUUUCGAGGAUACUGUGACAUGGUCGAAAGAAACGAUCGAGGUAACGGAUUUUUAUAAUCGGCUUCGAACGGAAAGACUACCCGAACGAAUUGUUUUUCCUGAAGAAUUAAAUACGUACCUGCGUGAUCGUAUCCGGGAUUUAACUGCGGAGAAUGGUUGCUUGCGUCGAGCGCUCGAAGAGACCGAGGAAAGGCUUCGAAUUACGGAGGAGAGCUCAACGAAAUCGCCGCAACUCCCUAUAACAUUGGGUAAAUCCAGUGAAAUGGCAGCGACAAAGAUCAUCGAAUUGAGUAAGAAAUGUAGGGAACAGACGGCUGAAAUCGAGCAAUAUCUUGAUAUCGUUUAUCCAUGCAAUAACAUAAUCGAGAUCCAGGAUAGUAUCCUUGACAAAGGUACCGGAGAUGUCCAAUCUUUAUCGAAGGAGGACGAGGAUAAGAUCAAAAUUCUGACGGAGAAGAUGCAACAAGUACAAACGAAGCUUUACGAAUCGAAGAACGCUUAUGCGAGUCUCAAGCAGGAGUUCAACAAAGCUCAAAAGUUACUGUGCAGCGAAGUUGGCGAGAACGUAACGGUGACUGGAUUAUCCUCGCAACUGGGUGGCUGGCGUGGAAGAGCCGAACAAAUUCGACUGCUUCAACAAAAGGUUUCCGAAUUACAAUUAAAGUUAUCGGAAUAUGAUGGAACUGUGAAAGGGUCCUUGGAACGAAAGAAUCUCGUGCAUCUUCGAAAUGCAGAGAAGGAGAGACGACAACAGAUUGAAAAUUCGGCGAAGGAGCUCAGGCAAGCAGAAGUUUCGUUGGAAACCUAUAAAAGGAAGCUCGAAGCCUCGAAAGCUAGAAUAAAAGUUUUAGAAAAUGAAUUGAAUACGACAAAGGCGAAUAUUGCUGUGUUAAACGAAAAAAGAUCUCAUGACGAUCAUUUGAUUGAGACUCUUAACAGUCGACUCAAAUCUGCUGAAAAUAAAUAUCAUGAACGCGAAAUGGACAUCAAGAAUAAGGAAGAGAAAUUGGAACGCGAAAGUAUCGUUUUGAAAAAUGAUCUACAAGCUGCUCAAAUACAGAUCGAUCGGUUAAUAAGGAAGCUCGAAGAACGUGAAAUCGAGAUAGAUAAACUGAGAAAUGGUAUAAUAACGGAAGAUUCGAAACAACGUGUUCUUCAUUUGGAAGAUCGAACUGUUAGCAAUUAUCGUACGAGUCCUCCGAAUACGAUUAGAAACUUCAACGAACCUAACGAAUAUGUCACUAUGGCUAUCGCGGCAGAAGCUGAACGGGAGAGAUUAUUAGAGUUGGUGACUGUGUUGAACAGACGAUUGGACAAGGAGAGAAACGAUGCAAACAAUCUAACCGAAUCCUUGCGAAACGAACAAAACAAGGUGGUAAAAUUGGAAUCUAAAUUACGAAAAUUAGAAAACGAGAAAAUAGGGAUUUCGAAGGUGGACAGUGGUUACAGGGUAAGAAAUCUAAGAUCAAUCUCGGGAUCUCGAACGAAUGAAGAAUCUGCAAAUGCCGAACAAAUCCAUUUCAAGCUCGAAUUACUUGAAGAGGAAUGCCUCGCUUUGAAAGUAAGAUUAAAUACGGUACAACAGGACAAAGCAUCGGACUUAGAAGCAUAUAAACGAAUGUUAGAUCAAGCCAGAAAAACCUUUCAGGAAGCAUGCAAAAAUAGACCACCAACAACAACUGCGAGUCGUUCGACGGUCACCGUUUAAUGCAAACUCAUUAUAUUCUUUAUUAAAAAUCUAUACUUCUCAAAGGAUAAUUAAAUAAAAUGAUAUAUUUCUUUUUUCUUCCGUUUCUCUUCAAUGCGUUUUUUAAAAAUUCAUUUUGAAAUUCCAUCUAAUUCGAUUAACGAUAUGUAAUUUAGAUAUUCAGCCAUUCAGAGCCGGCAGUACUUGUUGCGUUUAAUGACUCUCUUCUAUAGAGCCGAUCAUAAUCGAUUCAUCGACCACAUCUUUGCCCUAAUCUACCAGUAAGAAAAAGUUUGAAUUCUUUAUUAAUUAUCUUGAAAAUAAUUUUUAAAAAGUACAAACAUCUUCAAAAUCUUUGGUACAUCCCACAAAUAUUUAAAGUUAUAUUUGACAUAGUUAUAUUGAAAUUGUUUUUUUUAUAAAACUAUAAACAAUUAUAUUAAAUAUUUUAUGUUUGCCUUCAGAAAUGCAUAUAUAUAUAUAUAUACAUAAGAUAAUGUAAUAUAGCAGGGCGCUCUAAUACGUGAAAAUCAAAAAAGAUUAAUGUUAGCGAAUCCAACGAUGAUCACCUGUAACAAAAAGAAAAUAUAUUAGUCAUAGAAUCAAUGUAUAAAAACAUAUAAUACAGCACAUCUAUUUGAC